AAACACGCUGUUUUCCGCUGUCUUGUCUCUCAGUCGCAGUUCGUCGUUCAUAGAAUCGAAUGCCCUCGUUAAGUUCUUAUAAUAAAACGUUACAUUUUUAUACAGUGCAUAAAGAAUUAAGUAUAAAAAUCCGUCAGAAUUUAUGAAGUAAUUGAGAAAUUUCAAUUGAUAAAAUAAUAUUUCAAUAAUUAACUAAUUUUACAUCAACAUUUCUUUUCUUCGAAUUGACGAAAUCAGAAGAUUGUGAGAACGAUGCCUGUAGGAAAACCAACUAAAAGGGGUUACACGGCACCUAGACCUGGUGAAGAAAUCGUUAUCUCUGGUAUUGCCGGUAGAUAUCCAGAAUCCAGAAAUGUGGAGGAACUCAAAACAAAUUUACUAAAUAAAGUAGACAUGAUCACAGAUGACGAUCGCCGGUGGAAAAUAGAUCAUCCGGAUGUCCCUCAGCGUACAGGAAAAGUUAGCGAUGUUGGCAAAUUCGACGCGCUAUUCUUCGGAGUCCACUUCAAACAGGCCCAUACUAUGGAUCCGAUGUGCAGAAUGUUACUGGAACAUGCUUACGAGGCCAUCGUUGAUGCGGGAGUUAAUCCAAAGCAGUUACGUGGAUCACGAACCGGCGUUUUCGUAGGCGCGUGUUUUUCGGAAUCUGAAAAGACUUGGUUUUACGAAAAAUUACAGGUAAAUGGUUUUGGAAUUACCGGGUGCAGCAGAGCCAUGCUGGCGAAUAGGAUUUCCUACUGGCUAGGAGCGACUGGACCAUCUUACACUCUGGACUCCGCUUGCAGCUCGAGCUUAAUCGCGUUGGAACAUGCUUAUCGUUCUUUGCAAGAAGGUCAAUGCGAUGCCGCUAUUGUGGGCGGGUCGAAUUUAUGUCUUCAUCCCUACGUGUCGCUGCAAUUUGCUCGUCUUGGAGUUUUAUCGUCUGAUGGCCGCAGUAAAGCAUUUGACGCCGACGCGGAUGGCUAUGUUCGCAGCGAGGCAAUUUCCGUUAUAUACCUACAGAAAGCGAAAGACGCGAAACGAAUUUACGCUACAGUAGUCUAUGGCAAGACGAAUUGCGACGGUUACAAGGAACAGGGCAUCACGUUUCCCUCGAGCGCGAUGCAGUACGCAUUGCUGAAAGAAUGCUACGAGGAUUGCGGUCUGUCACCGAAUGAUCUGUCCUAUCUGGAAUGCCAUGGUACUGGUACCAAAAUCGGCGAUCCUGAGGAACUUCUCGCGGUCGAGAAGGUCUUCUGUAAAAGCAGAUCUACUCCUUUGCUCAUCGGUUCUGUUAAGUCAAGUCUAGGUCAUGCAGAACCCGCUAGCGGUCUAUGUCAAGUUGCCAAGGUACUAUUAGCAAUGGAAACCGGAAUAUUACCAGCUAAUUUGCAUUAUAAUCGACCACGAGAAGGUUUGACAGCUCUCGAAGAUGGUAGGCUUAAGGUCAUCACCGAAUCAACACCUUGGGACGGUGGUUACGUGGGUAUUAGUUCCUUUGGUUUCGGAGGUGCCAAUUGCCAUAUCAUAUUGAAAUCCAAUUCGAAAAAGAAGAUCAACAAUGGAGCACCAUCUGAUGAUUUACCGAGACUCGUAACAGUAUCUGGACGUACAGAGGAUUCUAUUAAAGUAUUCUUAGACGAUAUCGAGAAACAUUCGGUAGACGUUGAAUAUAAUCGCCUGCUGCAUGACAUUCACUUUGACGAUAUCCAAGGACAUUUGUAUCGAGGAUACACGAUAGUCGGCUCAAAGACGGCGGAGCAUUCGGCAAGGGAAAUAGAUAAUUAUUUGGGAGCCGCAAGACCGAUUUGGUUUGUGUUUUCCGGCAUGGGAUCCCAGUGGCCUGGCAUGGGUGCCGAGUUAAUGAGAUUCCCUGUCUUUGCCGAAGCUGUUAAGAAAUGUGACGCCGUCUUACGACCGCGUGGUGUAGACAUUAUUAAUAUACUGACAAAUAAAGACAAAAGUACUUUCGAUAAUAUUUUAAAUUCAUUUGUGGGUAUCGCGGCAGUACAGAUUGGUCUAGUCGAUCUUAUCACAUCGAUAGGCAUUGUGCCGGAUAACAUUAUUGGUCAUUCUGUCGGAGAACUCGGUUGCGCUUACGCAGAUGGAUGCUUCACUGCUGAACAAAUGAUCUUGUCAGCGUAUUCGAGAGGUUUAGCGUCAAUCGAAACUAAAGUAAUUUUCGGUUCGAUGGCGGCUGUCGGUCUCGGCUACGAAGACGUCAAAGAUAUGUGCCCACCUGACAUCGAAGUGGCUUGUCAUAAUAGUUCGGACAGCAGCACUAUUAGUGGACCUGCUGAAUCUAUGAAGGAAUUUGUCGCCCAAUUACAGGCUAAACAAAUUUUCGCGAAGGAAGUGCCGUGCAGCAACAUACCUUAUCACAGUCGCUAUAUCGCGCCCGCCGGACCGAAACUUCUGGCUUAUUUGACCGAGGUAAUACCUGAGCCGAAGCCACGCAGCCGGAAAUGGGUGAGCUCGUCUGUACCACGUAACAAAUGGUCCACUGCGUCCGCCAAGUUGUCAUCUGCCGAAUAUCACACCAACAAUCUUCUGAGUCCUGUACUAUUCGAGGAAACAGCGCGUAUGAUCCCGAAGGACGCGGUGACCAUCGAGAUCGCGCCCCACGGUCUUCUGCAGGCCAUCCUCAGACGAUCCCUCGGUCCGGGAGUCACGAAUAUCGCGCUCACCCAGCGCGGUCACAGAGACAACGUUGAGGUUGUUUUGCAAGCAAUCGGCAAGCUUUACAACACGGGACUGCAACCGGAUAUUGCAAAACUCUAUCCGCCCGUUGAAUAUCCAGUUAGCCGUGGUACUCCAAUGAUCUCGCCUUCUGUCAGAUGGGAACAUUCUGACGACUGGUACGUAACGUCGUACAAGAUGCAAAAGAAGAUUACUUCCGGAGAGAGAACUAUUACUUUGUCGGCGACAGACGGGGAGUAUGAGUAUAUGCUCGGUCAUGUUAUUGAUGGGAAAAAUUUGAUACCUGCUAUGGGAUAUCUUGCUAUGAUUUGGGAGACCAUGGGUAUGUUGCAUUCGGAAAUGUAUACAGAGGUAUCAGUCGUCUUCGAAGAUGUCAUUUUUGUGCGCGCUACUCAUAUACCGAAAGAAGGCAAUGUUCAGUUAACAGUAAUGGUUCAAAAAGGCACUGGAAGAUUCGAAGUAUCGGAAGGUAGUACUACGGUUGUGACUGGAACGAUUCGAAUGGUGAAGAAUCCUGCGCAAGAAAAAGUACCUGUUGCGCUUUUGCCAGAAAAUGACGAAGAGGAAGUGAUGAAUACUAAGGAUAUUUAUAAAGAGCUAAGAUUACGGGGUUAUCAAUAUUCAGAUGCCUUCCGUUCCUUAAAAAGCGUAUCAAUGUCAGGGACGAAGGGACACAUUGCUUGGACAGGUAAUUGGGUAACGUUCCUCGACAACAUGCUGCAGAUAAUGAUUCUUGGAAUAGAUACGAGAAAUUUAUAUGUACCUACGAAAAUACAGAAGAUCGUGAUUGAUACCAAGCUUCAUCAGCAAGAAAUUCGAAAUCAGAAUUCAGAAGACAAACAAUUUCCCGUACAUAUGUACAAAGAGUGGGCAACCAUAAUAUCAGGCGGAAUCGAAAUUCGUGGUGUCAGGGCUACGGCCAUACCUCGUCGACUAACAUCCGGCGACCCGGUCCUCGAAGAAUACAAAUUCGUGGCUCAUCGCGACAGAGCACAAGUAUCACUGAAGGAGGCAAUCAGAUUGUCCACUCAUAUCGCACUCGAAUAUCACCAAGCUAUUCACGUAAAGACCAUCGAGUUGAUCGACGACUCCGACAAUGUGACGACGAGUGAAUUAAUGUCACCCAUGCUCGCUGAGAUCUUGGCUGAUUUGCCUUUAAUUCAAGCGAAGAUACAUUUGUCAGCACCAUCUAAUCGUUUUGACUCGUUACCUUCGGAUGUGAUCUGCGUAGACAUUGAUAAAGUGUCCAAAGAAGAGAAUAUUCUGUUCGCUGUCGGUAUCGAACUACUGUCGAAAAAUAAGAAACACCAAUUAGAACAGAUACUACCGAAACUGAAAAGCGGCGGUUUCGUAUUGACACGAGAAAGAUCGUCCAAGCUCGAGAAUCUUUCGAAACAUGGCUUAGAUGUGAUUUUAGAGAAAAGUAUUGGCGAAGAGACCAUCGUACUUUUAAAGAAAAAGAAGCAGCUUAGCAGGAAAACGGAAGUCGUCCAUGUUAACAACGAUGAGUUCACCUGGCUCGAGAAGUUGAAUUCAUUCAUGGAUACAGAAGACGGGACCACCAACAUGAGGAUAAUACUCGUCGGCGAGGGAGAAUUAGAAAGUGGUUUGCUAGGUUUCGUGAACUGUUUGAGAAAGGAACCGGGUGGAGAAAUGAUCAGAAGCGUGAUGAUACAAGAUAUCGAAGCCCCUAAGUUUUCUCUACAGAAUCCGUUAUACUUUGAACAGCUUCAGUUAGAUUUGCCGAUCAACGUAUUGAGACCUGGAAAGGAAUGGGGUUCCUAUAGACAUCAACCGUUGUCGAGUCUACAAUCAAAGCUUGUUCGUCAUGCGUAUGUUGAUCAAACGAUACCUGGCGAUUUAAGCUCACUUCGUUGGAUCGAGGGCAAUAUACGUUCUGAAACUAAUAAAGACGAUCUAGUCCGUGUAGUGUACGCGGCUCUCAACUUUAGAGAUGUCAUGAUGGCUACAGGAAAACUUAUUCUGGAUACUAGUGUAGUACAUAGCCGAUUCGACGAGUACUCGGUCGGCAUGGAGUAUGUUGGUGUCGAUACCGCUGGUCGUCGCGUGAUGGGUCUUUGCCCUCGAAAAGGUAUAACAAACAUCAUUGAACCUGACAGAAACUUGUGCUGGUACGUGCCUGACAAUUGGUCAUUGGAAGACGCGGCCACCGUGCCAUGCGUGUACGCAACAUGCUAUAUUGCGCUGUAUCAACGUGGCGAGAUGAAGAAAGGUAACAAGGUGCUCAUUCAUUCUGGCACUGGUGGCGUCGGCCAGGCGGCGAUACAUCUCGCACUUCACGAAGGCUGCGAGGUGUUCACCACUGUGGGAACGCCUGAAAAACGUAAAUUCAUCCGCGAGAUGUUCCCAUCGAUUCCGGAUGAUCAUAUUGGCAACUCGCGCGACACCAGUUUCGAGCAAAUGGUACUUCAAAGAACCAACGGCGCUGGAGUGGACAUUGUUUUAAAUUCGUUAGCCGAAGAGAAACUUCAGGCGUCGGUUCGCUGUCUAGCGGUGGGCGGUCGUUUCCUAGAGAUCGGCAAAUUUGAUCUCGCUGCAAAUAAUCCCUUGGGAAUGAUGAUCUUCUUGAAGGAGGUCAGUUUCCACGGGAUUUUGCUCGAGAAUUUGCUUUUCUCUGCAGAGGAGCAAGAAAAUACUGAAAUUAAAUGUCUGCAUAGUUUGUUAAAUGAGGGCCUGAAAAAUGGAGUGAUCAAACCACUUGUUAGAAAAGUUUUUGAAAAGGACGAAUUGGAAACGGCCUUCAGAUAUAUGUCGGCUGGAAAGCACAUAGGCAAGGUACUUUUGAAAGUUUGCGAUGAAAAAAAGGUUCUCGAAAAGAAACCUAUUCUUGCUGAUCCUCGAUAUUACUGUGACAGUAAUAAAACCUAUCUCAUCCUGGGUGGACUGGGUGGUUUCGGAUUGGAAUUAGCCGAUUGGUUGGUACUCCGAGGUGCCAAAAACUUAGUGUUAACAUCAAGAACGGGAAUAAAGAAGGGUUAUCAGCGCAUGAAAGUCGAAUUAUGGAAAUCUUACGGCGUGAACGUGCUUAUCAUCACGGGAGCAGACGCUUCGAAUCGUAAGGAUUGCGAAUUUAUAUUAAACUCAGCGGAAAAACAGGGCCCAGUGGACGCCAUUUUCAAUCUCGCCGUGGUGCUGAAGGACAGCAUCUGCAAGAACCAAUCGCCAGAAUCAUUCGAGGAGUCUUUCAAGGCAAAAGCUUGGGCCACGAAGGUACUGGACGAGUUAUCUAGAAAAUUGUGCAAGCAACUUCGGCAGUUUGUAGUUUUCUCCUCGGUUUCUUGCGGGCGAGGGAACGCUGGACAAACGAAUUACGGAAUGGCUAACUCCGUGAUGGAGAGAAUUUGCGAACGCAGAGCAGCGGACGGUCUACCGGCACUGGCUAUUCAAUGGGGCGCGAUAGGCGAAGUUGGCCUCGUCGCCGAACAGCAGGACAACAACAAGGAACUUGUCAUUGGCGGUACCUUGCAACAAAAGAUAUCUUCCUGCCUUGAGAAGCUGGAAAACUUUUUGUUGCAAGAUCGCACAGUGGUAUCUAGUAUGGUGGUAGCGGACAAGUGUGUGGGUGCUCGUGAAGGUGCCAACGUUGUGGAGCGAGUGUUGGGUAUAAUGGGUUUGAAAGAUUUGAAGAAUGUGGCUCAGAACACAUCGUUGGCGGAACUCGGCAUGGACUCGAUGGUGGCUGUGGAGAUUAAACAAACACUGGAACGCGAGUUCGAUAUCUUCCUCACCGCGCCGGACAUCCGCAAUUUGAACUUCGCUAAACUGACGAUGAUGCGCGAUAAUGACUUGGAACGUGAGAAAGCCCAAACUCAACAGACUGACAAACAGGCAGCCGAAAUAUCUGGCAUACAGCUGGUUGUUCGAAUUUUGGGCCACGAGGGGUUGUCUACCGAGAUUUCUAUGGACUUACAGAGCAGGAUGGAUCCGCGCAAGAUCAAAGUGUUCCUUCUGCCGGGUGUACAGGGCUACGGACAGAUAUUUAGUCCACUAGCGCCAAAGAUCAGACCUGUUGCAACAGCCUUGCAAUAUGGAGCGAUAAAUACUUGGCCUAAUCAUAUGUCUAUACCAGAAUACGCCGAUCAUCUUUUACCAUAUGUCUUACCAAAGGCGGAAGAGCAAAGAGGUUUCACUAUUGUCGGAUAUUCGUAUGGCUCGGUAAUUGCCCUCGAAUUAGUAAAGCGAUUGGAAAAACGAGGUUUAAGUGGUCGAUUGGUGCUUAUCGAUGGUGCUCCGGAGCUAUUGAAAGCGAUAAUAGAGCAAUUUAUGCCGUCUACUACAGACGAAGAACUUCAAAAUAAUGUCUUGCUUGUUAUCAUGGAUACUUUACAAUCAGCCUCAAGUGGAAAGUUACUUUUAGAUCUGGAGAAAUGUAAAACGUGGAAAGAGAAGUUAGACGUUUUCCUUUCGCAUCUUCCUGACAACAUAAUACCGCUUUCCACCGAAGAUACGAAAUCAUUGUGUACAACUAUUUAUAUGCACAUUCGCGCUAUGCGAAAAUACGAUUUGUCAGCCUUCGGACAGAUACGAACGCCUAUAACACUUUUGAAACCUACACUACAAAUUGUCAAUAUGACUGAAGAAGAUUAUGGCUUACGCAAGAUCACGCGAGACAAAGUGGACGUGCAUUACAUCGAUGGCAACCAUCUCACGAUAUUAGACAGCGACAAGGUCAUAGCAGCGAUCAACGGCGAACCGUUGCAGGAUCCGAAAGCAUUCAGAAAACUUUUAACGGAAGAUCGACCAUUCGAAUGCGACGAUCAACAAGAACGUACAAGGACCUGAAUUACGGCCUAAAGCCGUGUAAUAUAUUUUAACUUAAAAAAAAAAAAAAAUAUAUAUAUAUAUAUGUGUACGUAUAUUUGUGCCGAGUUUGGACUAGAGCUGUAAAUAUUAUCUGCCAAUAUUCAAAUAUCCGAAUAAUUAAUUCACCGAAUUAACCAUUGCUCAAAUUCGGAACUAUCCGAACUAUGUGAAAUUUAUACUUAGUUUGAAUUUAUUUCUUUCCUUCUUCUGCCACUAAGAAAUAAAAAAUUAAUUACAAAAUUAAUAUACGAAACUUGAUUAGUUAUGUACAACAAAAAUGUAAUUAAAAUAAAACAAAUACUGUUUAUUUUUUGUAUUUUAUAAAUAUUGGAACUGCUAAGUUAGCACAAAUUUAAUUUUUCUAUUUAACUAGCUUUAGCAGAUUGUUCUAUACAACAUAAGAUAUCACUAUAAAUCAAACAAGCUGUUUUUUUAAAUUUGAGAUCAUGUAAAUUAAUUAAUAUUCUUUCAUUAAAAUAAAAAAAUAAUUAUUUUAUUUUUCACUAUAUAUUUAUUUUUACUAUAAAAGCAUACAAAAUAUAAAAGAAUCUUUUUAUAUAUUGAGUGUAUUUAAGUGUGCAUGUGUAAAAUUACACAAAAUUUUAAUCAAUUUUGGCUUAUUAAAUUUUGCAAUUAAUUUUCUGUUAAAUAUUUUGUAAUUUAGAUUCAAAUUCCUGGAUUUAAUUCUUUGGAUAUUAAAAUUUAGAUCAAAGAGAUAAUUCAAAUAUUUCGAUAUGAGUAAACGGAUAAUUAUUUUGGAUAAUUCGGAUGUUCAUAUCGAUAUUUAUAGUUCUAGUUGUAUUUAAAAUCGGCAAAAGUCCGUAGGUGAUGUAGGUUUUUUAAUCUGCAGGGUAAAAAUUGUUAUAAAGUUAACAUGAAAUUAAAUUUAAAAAAUAAAUAGAUAAAUAAUUGAUAUAAAGUUUAUUUUCUACGUAGGCAUGCCUAUUCUAUUCUAUUAAUCCGUGGAAUUUCUAAUAUUGAAUUUUCUCUUGCUUCUCUCAAGAAAUACAGUAAAUUGGACUGUGUUAUUAAAUAUAUUUUUUCAAAUAUUUGUACUAUAAUCUAUAAAAUACCACUCACUAAUUACAAGUCAAAUUAUAGUAAGAAAAGAUCUAACAUCUGCUGAAUAAUUCAUUACCGUUGACAAAAAUUAAUCUAAAGAUAAUUACCUGAAAUUUGUUUAUAAAGUAGCCUAGCUGGAUAAGGUAAUUAAUAAUGUGAACUUGAAAUGGUUUACUUGUUCUAAUAUUAAGAAAAAGGUAUUAAAAUUCUGGUUACAAUUUU